GACAUCAGAAACAAAUCGACCCUGAAACAUUCAGAGAUUUCUACAACUACUGGAAAGAAACUGAAGCAGAAGCUCAAGAGGUGAAUCUACCACCAACAGUAAUAGAGCAUCUAGAUAAAAAUGAAUGUGUCUACAAGUUAUCCUGCUCAGUUAAAACUAACUACGGUGUAGGAAAAAUAGCUCUGACCCAAAAGCGCUUGUUCCUGUUGACUGAAGGAGGACGUCCUGGCUAUGUCCAGAUUGCUGCUUUCAGGGAUAUAGAGGAUGUCAAGAGCACAACUGUAGCUUUCCUUCUUUUGAGAAUACCUACUCUGAGGAUUAAAACAUCAUCUAAAAAAGAAGUCUUUGAAGCUAACCUUAAAACUGAGUGUGAUCUCUGGUACCUGAUAGUGAAAGAAAUGUGGGCUGGAAAGAAAAUGGCAGAUGAUCACAAGGAUCCUCAGUAUAUCCAGCAAGCACUGACAAAUGUUCUCCUGAUGGAUGCUGUGGUUGGUGCCCUGCAGUCCUCCAAAACCAUAUAUGCAGCCUCCAAACUGUCUUAUUUUGACAGGAUGAAGAAUGAAGUGCCUAUGAUGGUCCCCAAAACAACUUCAGAGACAUUAAAGCACAAGAUCAACCCCUCAGCUGGUGAGACAUUUCCACAGGCAAUAGAUGUCUUGCUGUAUACGCCAGGGCAUCUUGAUCCUUCAGAAAGACUUGGCAAUGCUCAUCCGAAGCUAUGGUGUGCUUUAAAUGAGGGGAAAGUGGUGGUCUUUGACGCUUCUACCUGGUCUAUUCAACAGCACUGCUUCAAAAUGGGCCGCUCUAAACUGACUUGUAUGAUCAUGGUAGAACAGAGUCAAGUGUGGAUCGGUUCUCAAGACUCCAUUAUUUAUAUCAUCAAUACCCACAGUAUGUCUUGUAACAAGCAACUGAACGAUCAUCGUUCUGAUGUUACGGACAUCAUUGUGGAGAAGAAGAAUGGAAUACCCAGCGAAGCGUACUCAAGCAGUUUGGAUGGAACAGUGAUUGCUUGGAACAUCAGCACUCUGAAAGUGAACCGGGUCUUCCAGCUGCCCUGCCAAAAUCUCACUUCCAUCAAGCUUCAUAAUGACCAGCUGUGGUGCUGUACUGGAAGUUGCAUACUUGUGGUGUCAACGCGUGAAUUUCGACUACAGAUGAAAAUUGAGCACCACCUGAAGGAUGUGUGUUCCCAUUUCCUCUGCUUCCAACUCUUUCCUGAGAGAGAUGAAAUGUGGGCAUCUUACUCCGGGAGUAGCGACUUGUACAUUUGGAACACCAAGGACUUUACAAGUACACCCCAAAAGAUUCAUCUUCAAGAUUGCUCUGAGAUCACUUGUAUGAUAAGAGUUAAAAAUCAG